AUAGUCUGACAAAACUGAUUCGCUUUCGGCUUACUACUGACAUUUCACGGAAUUUAAAUAAAUCCACAAACAAAUCUAACAAAAAUUGAAGUUUUCGUUUCGAAGUUCGGCAUUUCGUUCACUUAAAGUACGAACAGUUUUUUCGCCAAAGAUGUCCGACUAUGGGAACGUGUCUGGCACCGGCAGCGAUAAGGAGCUGCAGGAUUUCCUGGAGCUUGAGAAACAGAAGGCCCAGGUGAAUGCACAGCUGCACGAGUUCAAUGAGAUCUGCUGGGAGAAGUGCAUCAUGGGAAAGCCCAGCACCAAGCUGGACCAGGCCACAGAGCGGUGCCUGAGCAACUGCGUGGACCGCUUCAUCGACACAUCGGUGCUGAUCACAAAGCGAUUCGCUGAAAUUCUCAACAAGCGCAGUGGGUUAGACAGUGACUAAGAUGUCAGCCGGUCCGUGGAUAACACAUAACACAAUGUCCCGGUUGCAAAGGAGAGGAAGGAAGGAAGGAGGAGACGGGCCAGGCAACACAGCUUCAGUUUACUGCAUAAAUAAAUCCGUAUUUUUUGGCCUUAAGCCAUUCUGAA